AGCAGGAGGCGGAGGAGGCGGAGGAGGAGGAGGAGGAGGAGGAGAUGUGCACACAAACCGCGGCCUGAGCGGAUAACAACACAAAGUCGUUCUUCUUCUCGUUGACGCGGCCACGACAGCGUUUUCUGUACACACAGCAACUUCCUCCUUUGGCGACAGCAGGACUUUUGCACGGAGCUGACCGAGACUUUGAGCACAUGCUGGGACGGUGGAUGAUAAAACAACCUGAGCCACAAGUGGUUUUGUGUCGCGCCUGCAGGGCCUUUUAAAGUAACAUGCGUUGGAAUCGCCGCCGCUUUUUAUUAUUUGGAUUAAUUGGAAGUUCCUCUCAGAGCUUACUUUUUUAACAUUACUGUGUAAAGUAUCACACGUAUUACUCGGUUUGCCAGCUGUUUGCCUUCAUUCAUGACUUGGGACCGACUCUCACAGGCCAAACCCUCCGCGCUUUGCAGCACUUCUUCACGCGGAGCCGCUAAUUGGAGACCUCACUGUGCCAUCCACUCGGCGCGCGCUCCCAUCCGGGCCACUCAGGAUGCAGCACGAGCGCCUGCUCAAAGUUCUGGUCAUCGGCGACCUCGGGGUCGGUAAAACGUCCAUCAUAAAGCGCUACGUGCACCAGGUCUUCUCCCAGCACUACCGCGCCACCAUCGGAGUGGACUUCGCCCUCAAAGUCCUCCACUGGGACCACAAGACGGUGGUGCGCCUGCAGCUGUGGGACAUCGCCGGGCAAGAACGCUACGGCAACAUGACCCGAGUGUACUACAGGGAGGCGGUGGGGGCCCUCGUGGUCUUCGACAUGACAAGACUGUCCACGUUUCAGGCCAUCCUCAAGUGGAAAGGAGACCUGGACUCAAAGGUCGCCCUUAGCAACGGGAGGUCGGUCCCAGCCGUUCUGUUGGCCAACAAGUGCGACCAGCGGCGUCAUGGCUUGUGCCCCAAGCUUCCCAAACUGGAGAACUUCUCCAGGCAGUACGGAUUCGUCGGCUGGUACGAAACCUCCGCCAAGGACAACACCAACAUCGACGCCGCCAUCACAUGCUUGGUGAAGAACAUCAUGUCAGUGGAGGAGGAGAGAGCCUCGAGUGACGCCGCCGCUGCCAAAACCGAAGCGGAAGGCAGCGUUCUGGUUCUGCCUCGCUUCGACUACAACGUGAAGGAGAAGGGACUCGGUGGAUGUUCAGGAUGCUCCUCCAGAGACAGAGAGGACUGAAGGAAGGAGGGAUGGACAUGUCCAAACCGGGAACCUGGAAGGAGACCGAGAGGAGGAAGGAGGUUAUUUUGCUGAAUGAUUAAUAUGUUGCAUCUCUUUCCUCCCUCCCAAAAGUUCCUCAGAGACGCUAGAGGAAACAGUUUAACAGUUUGGGAUUUUUCUAAAAACAAACAAACAAAAAAACAUAAAGUAAUUUAAUUGUUGUUUUAAUGUAACAGAAUUUGAGUCAAAAGUUCCAAUAUUACAAAAAUGUAUUAUUUUGGAAACACUGAAAUAUUUUAUGGAUGCGAACAAAAAUGUGACUCUUGAAAACAGGAGGUUUUUGUCUGCUGCACAGCAACAAUUUUCCAAGUUUUUCUAUUUUUUUGGCUUCGAUGCUUUUCUGUUUGUGUUGCAGAUACAUAUUGCACUGCAGGAAAAGUUGCUUUGUUCUCUGAAAUGGUUGUGAUUUUCAGCUUCUGCGCUUCAGUGUAAAUAUUCUCUAUACCUGCUGCACAGACAGGCAGGUUUAAUGGAGUUAAAUACUCGUUGUGUCAGCAUCCAUCCCCAUCAUGGCUGUAAAACCAGAACAAAAGGUAGAAUAACUAUAGAUGAGGACAAGUUCCUUUUCUUCCAUAAUCAUUAUAUUUCUUCUCUUCCCUCUUCUUUUGUGUUCUCUGAAUGUGUUCCUGCUCUUAGAGCCGCGUCCCUCUGCACUCUCUGCGGUUAAAAGCUCGUAAACGAACCCUAAUUACAUGGAAGACUGUGUGUGUGUGUGUGUGUGUGUGUGUGUGUGUGUGUGUGCGCGCGCGUGCGUGCGUGUGUGCUCUCUGUACUUGCUAUUGCCUGACAGGUAGUGCACUAUAAUUUCGCGCCCACCCGUGUGGUGAAUAUUCCUUUUCACUGUGCCAGAACACUUUCUCACUUUCGUAAAAGUGUUUCCAUCGCUCAAGCAGACCAAACCCCUUUAACUGUGCCGCGAGCGCUCUUUGUACCACCUUCCUAUCCUAAUAAUUUCCAAAUACUGUGAUGUGCAGUGCCUUUGUUACACAGAACAAAACAAACUCUCCCAACUUUCGCUCUCACUUUCAUUUCUGGUGUAAGCGCACAAAUUUUCCGGCCGUCUGUUUGGCCACUCUUAGGCCUUUCUCUUUUCUGUCACCUGCUGCGUCCGAGAGCAGUUUGAACCUCUAGAGGGAGCCACAAGCUCUGUGAUUCCACAGUUGUUCACUUUUGGAUGCUCUGAGGAACUCUCCAGGUUGCGUUCGUUUCUCCAUCCCUCCCUCUCUGCAGUCCUGCUGGUGUAGGAGUGAAGCCUAUUUUUGGAUGUAGACUCCCCUCCUCUCCUCUCCUCCCUUCCUCUCCUUCCUUCCUCUCCUCCCUCUCUCUCCUACUAUUUCACUCUCUCUCACAUCCCUUUCCGUUGCUUUCCAGCCCUCCUGAUUUCCUCCUGAUUGUGCCAUUUGCAAUGUCACGUUGGCUGAAAUGAGUGCAGGAGGCGAGAGAGGAUCGAUGCCGAGUGACAGGAGGAGGAGGAGGAGGGUCUCCUCGCAGCUUUCUGCGUUAUUAACAAUCGUCACCUGUGCAGAUGCCUGCUGCAAAACCUCCCGGCUGAUCUGAUUUGUUUUCUUCAGCCUUCCUGAGAAAAACAAAUGGAUUAUGGUUAUUUUUCUUGUUGUUUUUGUUGUUGAGAAACCGGUUGGGUCUUGGAGGACUGGCGGCGGCGCAGGGAGGAUCUCUCGCGUUUUGUUUUCCGUGAGUUGGAACAAAGGAAGAAAAAUCUUUCCUUGUCACAAACGUAUUUGUUGUUGCCACCGUUGCCUUUGCAAACAUCCAUCUUCUUUUUAAUUUCCUUGCGAGUUUCUGUUUUCCCUUCCACAUGGCUCACUCCUAAUCAGAUCUUGGUCUGUGGUAUUUGAUUUGUGGAUGAAAAGUAAGCGACUUCAGUGUUUUUCCAGACAACUUAGUAAAAAAUCUUUUACUUUACUACAAAAUCAGAUUCUUGUUUUUUUCUGAUGUAAAAGACUUUAUGAGUUUGGGAGUGUUUAAACCAAAUUUCAGUCCUGUGUUUUGAACUUUAGUUGUGCCUCCCUUUUCUUUGUAAAGAAAAAAAACAUCUUUCUUCUGUUAUUAAAAGAGGACUUUUCCUUCCUGUUGCAGUCCUACUUGCAGGAAUUAAUAUGAAUGAAUGAAUGAAUGAAUUAUGAAUAUGUUGCUCCUCUUGUCCACAUUUCCAUAGUACAGAACCUUUUCAUCAUGUCUCAUGAUGUUUUUACGGUAUAAAAAAUAAAAACAUGGACAUUUGUUUCCAACAGAUACGUAUGACGUGGCUUUGAAUUUUGAAUUUUACAGUUCAAACUGUGUUGCUG